AUGGCUCGAAAACCGCGCACGAAGGCGACGGGGUCCACCGCCCCCUCCGAGCCCGCCGUACCUCCGUCGACGCGCACGGAGACGCCGCAGAGCCGCUCGCUCGCCCCCGCGCUCAUCGCUCUGGCGCUCGAGCUCGAGCGAGCGGACGACCAUCUGGCGCUCAUCAAAGUCCUCGAGACGCUCAUCGCGAACGCGAACGCGAAGACGCGGGCGAAGUGCUUGCCCUCCACGGAGGCCCGAGCGCGGAUUAAGCUGGCGAGCGUGCUCAUGGAGUGGACGGAUAAUUGCGCGCGGGCGAAGACGCACCUGGAGGCGGCGCAGGUGCUGUUGCGACCGCUGAAAGCGUGCGAGGAGUUAAGAGUGCACGGAUUGAGCUUGUUGGGACGGUGCUACAAGAUGAUGGGAGGAGAGUAUCGACGACAGCGAUUUGCGGCGACGCAGAGGGGAUUGCAGGCGGCGAUCGGGAUGCGAGAGCGCCUGCCGGAGGAUCCGACGUGGACGAUGUGGACGUUUCACUAUUACCUGGAGCACGCGGACGCGUGCGCGGCGGAGGAGGAUUGGUCGACGUGUGAGAGUUACUUGAACGCUGGUCUGAGAGAGGUUCAGAAGAUACACGGCGAUAAGGGAUCGAAGAUGGAGGUUUUGUUCACUAUGGCGCAGUUGCAGCGGGCGCUCAUGCAGCGGGCGAGCGGGAGCGAGAGCUCGCACGUGUUCGAAGCCGCAAAGGCGGCGGACGAAGCGAUGGCGAAGAUGCUCGCUGAAAAUGAGGCUCCAGAAGACACCGCGAGAUUGCGUUUUCACUACGCGUUGAUUCGUACGCUCGGAAAGCUCAUGGAGGGAGAUCCAGAAGCGGCAAAGAACUAUCCGAGCAAGCUCAAACUGUUGAUCAACGAGGUGAAGUACUCGAACGACACGGCGUACAAGUGGCUUCCCGACUCCGCCACGUUUGCGCUAGCGAGAUAUCUUUCUGCCGAGGUUUUGCGUCCGAGAGGUGACUUGACGACGGCCAUGCUGCACCUCAACGCGGCAAAGGAUUUCGUGGACACUGCGCUCUUUGAGCUCGGCGUCUUACCUCAGGGCGGCGAAGCACCCGUCGUGAAGACGGAAGAGGGGGUGAUCGAAGGGAACAACGAUGGUGACGGUGAGAGCGAGCGGUUGUGGGUGACGUGUGACAAAGAGAUGCAAUUCCGGGUCGGUCAGGACGCGCGACCGUACUUGCACCUCAGGGUGCUCAUUCUCGAGUCGAUUGCCUCGAUUGCGCUCACGUCGACGAAGUACGACGUGGCUUUCGACGUCGCGUGCCAGCUCAUGGACAUGCUUGAAACGUAUCCGCAAACGCUGAGUCUCAUGGCAUCUCACGUUGAAAUGGUGAUGGCUCACUGCUUGCACGCUACUGGCAAGUAUAAGGAGGCGAGCUCGCACUUUGCGCGCGCUGCGUCAUUGGCGAGCACGCCGAGCUGGCGCGAUGUCGCCACGAUGUGCUCCGCGCUCUCCAUUCUAUGCGAAGACGAUAACGACGGAGCGAGUCGGGCGCUCGAGCUGGUCGGGCCGAUCAUUCGAAAGCACAAGGAUAAGGACAAAAAGGAGGGUCAGACGUCGCUCGUGAAUCAAACGCUCGCCCUCUUCACCAGCGGAUGCGCCCUACACCGGCAAGGCCAAAUGGGAGACGCGAAGAAUCAACUCGGGCGCGCGCUCAAGAAGACGUUCGAGCAAGAAGGAAACCAACAGAUGAUCGCCUCGUGCCUGUAUUUCAUCUCGUGCAUCGCACUGGAGAACGACCAAGCCAAGCAGGCGGAGUUGGACAUGGCGGAGAGCGCGUUUUCGCUCGCAAAACGUCAAGAGGAUCUGCCCAUGCAAGUUGUCUCGCUCGGUUCGAUGAAUCGCAUCAAAGCCGUGAUGAGCGAGUCCGAACACGGCACUAACGUCGUCUCGAGUCGUCAACAAAAAUACCUCGACUACGAAGAGCGUAAGAAGAAGCAACUCGACGAUUACACGCGAGAGCUCUCGACCAACGAGCAAUUCGCCGCCUUUGAGAAGCGCAUCACGGAAGGCGUCAAGGCGUGA